GCGUUAAUAAAUUGUCCGACGACAACUGACCGUCCGCUUUUACUUUUUCCGGUGCGUCAACGACCGACGGAAAAUGUAACGCAGCUGCUCACAUUUUUCAAUUAACUGAUCCGCGCUCGCACAAAAUUGACGUAACUUACCCCUGCAAGUCAACGUGACUCACACACUUAUAUACAUUGUUGCAUGUUAGUUAUUGCGUAUCAAGUACGCACUCGAGCCGCGACACUUGCACUUAAUGUCUUUCUAGUGACGCUCUUAAUUAUGAGAGCGUCACCGUAAACGAUACUGCCGUUCGUUAAUUUAUACAGUCGUCCGUAUCUCACACUUUUACGCCAAUUUGUAUAUUCACACUCUUCAUGUACCAAAAAUAAUUUACUAAUUUGUAACUUGUAUGAUGGCGAGCAUACAUGUUGCGCACCAUCAUAUCCAGUAUUCGAAAACUCGAACCGCAGCAUUUUCUCGAGAAAAUUUAUUUAGCAUUCUGCAUUCCUUCCAGAUCACACACCGUUAUCGAUCAACCCAUCGCUCGUUGUUGCUUAUCGGCGUCUCAUACGAGCUUCGCCCAAUCGUCUCGUCUCCCCAACGCAAUAAUGGACGUUACGCAGUCGCAUCCCCGGCGAGCAUCGCGUCCAGGUUUUCUCCCCCGGUUCUCUGUUUUCUUUGCACAUCGCGGGACAACGCUGCGAGAUCGGAGUCAAAUCCUCCUCAAGUCAAGUCUUCUGUGGGACAUAGCGCUACCGUGCACAACCAGGAACGACGCAUUGUUACGUCCGUCAGCUGCCGCUCCGCUUCGAGCCGGCGGCACGCACACCGAGGGGGAACAGAAGGGUCGCGGGGCCAGCUCUGGCGUGAAGAAGGGUACGAAGUAAACGACGAGGGAGACAAUACGAGGCAAGACUGAAGAUGGAAAAA